AUGGUGAAAAAGUUCCUCGGCCUUCGGGGCAACGCCCUCAACUGGGCGGUCAGCACUGUCGCCGGCUGCGACUUCCUCCUCUUUGGCUAUGAUCAGGGCGUCAUGGGCGGCAUCCUCACGCUCAGUGUCUUCCUGGAACAGUUCCCCAUCAUCAACCCUGACUCAGUUGGCGGCGCAGAGUCGUCGCGGCGGUCGACGUAUCAGGGCAUUGCCGUGGCGUCCUACAAUCUAGGCUGUUUCCUGGGCUCUGUCAUUACCAUCUUCAUCAGCAACCCUCUCGGCCGCAAGCGCAUGAUUAUGCUCGGUACUUCCAUCAUGGUUGUCGGUGCUGCACUGCAGGCGUCGGCUUUUUCGAUUGAACACUUUAUCAUUGGUCGCAUCAUCACGGGCUUCGGCAACGGCUUUAACACAUCGACGGUCCCGACAUGGCAAUCUGAAAUCUCACGUUCACACAAGCGCGGCAAGCUGGUCAUGGUCGAGGGCGCUCUGAUCACGUGCGGUAUCAUGAUUUCAUAUUUUUUAGACCUGGGCCUGUCGUUUGCGCCCGGGUCUGUGGCCUGGCGGUUCCCGUUGGCGUUCCAGAUUGUCUUCUGCAUCUUCAUCCUGAUAUUCAUUCCUUUCCUGCCCGAGUCGCCCCGGUGGCUGAUUCUCAAGGGCCGCGAGGACGAAGCGCUAGAGGUGCUUGCCGCUCUGAACGACAAGGAUGUUAACGACCACGCGCUGCACAACGAAUUUGCUGAAAUCAAGGACACCGUAGUGGAAAUGUCCAAGGGCACAUUUGCCUCACUCUUCGAUUACAAGGGCCGCGACCGCAACCUCCACCGCACGAUCCUGGCCUACACCAACCAGGUAUUCCAGCAAAUCAGCGGCAUCAACCUCAUAACGUAUUAUGCGGCUGUCAUCUACUCAAAGCUCGGAAUGUCUCCGUUCAUGUCACGACUUUUGGCUGCGCUGUAA